CGAAGACGGUUUUCAAAAACCAAUUGUUUCUUGUUUCGUACGGGUUACAGUCGCUCAGCAAGCCUUGCCGUGGAAUCCGGUCGUUUUUGCACAGUAAUCGAGCUAGUUAGCCGAGUGAAGGAAUAUUGAACUGCGUUUCAAGUUGCCGGUGGAAAAUACUUUGUUGGAAUCGUACAAAAUAGUCGGUGUUAAACAUGGCCGUUAACGUUUAUUCGACGAACGUGACGACAGACAAUCUCUCGAGGCAUGAUAUGCUUUCGUGGGUAAACGAUUGUCUGCGAUCGCAAUUCACCAAGAUCGAGGAACUAUGCACCGGAGCUGCGUAUUGCCAAUACAUGGACAUGCUAUUCCCGGGUUCCGUACCAAUGAAGCGUGUAAAGUUUCGCACUAACCUCGAGCACGAGUACAUCCAGAACUUCAAAAUCCUGCAGGCUGCUUUCAAGAAGAUGAACGUCGAUAAGAUAAUUCCAAUCGAUAAACUAAUUAAGGGUCGCUUCCAAGAUAACUUUGAAUUUUUACAAUGGUUCAAAAAGUUCUUCGACGCAAACUAUGAUGGUAGAGAGUAUGAUGCUUUAUUAGCGCGCGAUAACCUACCGAUGGGAAUGGGUUCGGGUGCGGGUGCACCGAAAGGUAACGGUGUAUCAGCCGUAGCUCCACCCCGUAAAAUGGCAAUCGGCACCACCGCACCACGUGAUAGAAUCAAACCGAUGUCCAAAGUUGCACCCACCCGACAGAUGGUGCAGAGUCCGCCUAGCCGUAUUGGAGGUGGCGUUAACGUAAAUACGAGCAAAUCGUCCUCCCAGAAUAGCGUGACGAAUCAGCAGAUCGAGGAACUGAACUCACAAAUCAGUGAUAUGCGAUUAAACUUCGAAGGACUGGAAAAAGAACGUGAUUUCUAUUUCAGUAAACUGAGGGAUAUUGAAAUUCUCUGCCAAGAUGAUGAACAAAGCCAGAGUCCUUUCGUUCAAAAGAUUCUAGAGAUUCUUUAUGCCACUGAGGACGGUUUCGCGCCACCAGAUGAAAUACCGCCAGAAGAAGAGGAAUAUUAAGGUGCGUCGUAAAGUGUUGCUGAUGCUGAUCGAAUCGUACUGCUCCUGCUGGGCGAGAUAAAGAUGAUCGAUUUGGAUGUGUACAUCAUCUGCUCCAAGUAACCAUACUAAUGAAACGAAAUGUAGAGAUGAAAUCAGAGCAUAAACAAAAAUAAGAAGGAAAAAAUGAAAGUAACCCAAUAGAAGAACAGUGCAGUGUAUGCCGUACUGUGCAUCCCAAAGGUAUUCCAAGGAUGGCAAAGAAAUACGCUACAUAAGUGAGGGUUUGCGUUAAAACCACAGGAUUUCUACAAGCUUCAUGAAGAAAAAAAAAGAAAAGAAAAAAGAACGUAAUGAUGGUAAAUUAUUAAAUCUAUCCACUUACCCUGCUUUGCAAAUAAUGAGUCGGUUGCUGGAGGCAACAAAUAUUUAAAUAUCGCGCUAAGAGCGUAAGUAUGAUUUGAGAGAUCGAAUAAUUAACGGAUUGAACUGCGUAAAAAAGUCUAACUGCGUUUCGUACAUGAUGCUUUUCUCUCGUCAAUCUUUUGUUUGGCCGGAUUGCGCCGGUUUAUGCCUGUAUUUUGUACUGUAUCUUUAAAUCCUUUACCCGCGUUGGCACUAUUCGAGAAGGUAUUUUUUUAUGUCGCGUUUCUAUUUGACUAACUCAAUUUGACAUGAAUGAAGCUCCUAUGUACAAUUUAUUUCAUGGAAACGUGAAAAUAUAUAACAUUUAUUUCUUUUCGGAACCAUUGGAAAAUAACCGUAAUUCAUUUAAUUUGUCCGCACCAUGGUGCGGUUUGAUCCCGUACUCUUUUCGUAUUGUAGCCUGGUAAAUUUAUACAAAGAUAUUGCAAUUCACUAAUGCAUCAGGCAGUAUCCAGGGAAGGUAGUGGUAACAGCAUUAUGAAGGAUGGUGAAAAUUGCACCAAAAAGGAAACUGAUUCGAAUAUAUUUAUGCAAAAGCACAACAGCCUGAUGUAGCUUCUUUCUCAGAAGUAAUUCAAUCAAGUUGUUGGUCGCUUAAUUGACUCUGCAAAUAAUCCUUGCGGUUUUACUAUUUACUAUAGUGUGGUAUAGGUGCUUUUUUCUAUGUAUGACUUUUCUGUGGCAAAACUUGAUUCAUGCUGGUGUAUUGAUGUGAAAAAAACAUGAAUCUAAAUAAUUUUUCCCCAUGUAUCAACUUUUGCAAACUAAUUUGAUUGAACAAAUCUUAAGAGUAUAAUGAAUGAACGAUCCUUACCAGACGCUUGUUUGGAAACCUUGUAAACGGUAAAUGAAGAAAGGAGUGGCGAAUGAUAAUAGAACAUGAUUACUAUUUGAUAGGUAUAAUAGCUCAAAAGUUCUUGUUACAAUUGCUAACAAAGAAACGCAACGAAACGUAAGGCAAACAAUCAACCAGCAGGUCAGGUCGCUGGGAUGCGCAUCUUAUAAGCACGGCAAAGUUGUACUACUACUGCAUGUUGUACUACUUUCGUUUUGUGUACUGUGCAGUGUCAGGUGUUACGACGGGCGAGCUGCGAAACGCAACAUAACGAUUAUUUUUGUCUAGAUCCGAGUGCCGAGUAAUAUGCGAAAAUAAUAAUUUAUUACUUUGUACGCAAAGGUUUAAGGUUCGAAUUGCAAGUGUGUUCUCAUGUGACAUGUUAACAUGGACGUGAUCAAUCAUCAUGGUCGAAAGCACAUAACAGAAGAAGAACGCAUUUAAACACCUGUAAAAAUGUAUUACAAUGAACACUUUUAUGUAAUGUGCGCCGCAUUUCACAUAAUAAGGCCGUUAGAAACGAGUUUGCUUUUUGUUA